UCAAUGCUCCUGAAUUUCCAUCAUAUUAACAUUGCUUGAUGUGAUGCAUGAGCCAAUCCCCAGUAUGUUUAUUGUCCUGCAUUUGCUGAUGAUGCCAGGAUGAAUAUUCACAAGAGCUGCUUACUUCUGAACUGACUUGAUGAAGUUGCUGAGCAUGCAUUCUCAGAAGAACAGCAUGAUCUAGCCAGCUGUAUAUUCAGUACACGUUGUUUUCUGUGACAGCUAGGCGAGCAGAGUAAUUUCAGCCUAACUUUCAGUCAUCUGUGUUCAAGAUGCCUCGAGUAUUCAUCAAAGGAGGAAUAUGGAGAAACACAGAGGACGAGAUCCUGAAGGCGGCCGUCAUGAAGUACGGCAAGAACCAGUGGUCGCGGAUCGCCUCGCUGCUGCACCGCAAGUCGGCCAAGCAGUGCAAGGCGCGCUGGUACGAGUGGCUCGACCCGAGCAUCAAGAAGACCGAGUGGAGCCGCGAGGAGGAUGAGCGCCUGCUGCACCUGGCCAAGCUGAUGCCGACCCAGUGGCGGACCAUCGCGCCCAUUAUCGGGCGCACGGCCGCCCAGUGCCUCGAGCGAUACGAGCUCCUCCUGGACCAGGCGCAAAAGAAAGAGGAAACUGACGAGGCGGACGACCCGCGCAAGCUGAAACCAGGCGAGAUCGACCCCAACCCGGAGACCAAGCCUGCCCGGCCUGACCCGCAAGACAUGGACGAAGACGAGCUGGAGAUGCUGUCGGAGGCGCGUGCCCGUCUGGCCAACACGCAGGGCAAGAAAGCCAAGCGCAAGGCGCGCGAGAAGCAGCUGGAGGAGGCGCGCCGCCUCGCCUCGCUGCAGAAGCGGCGCGAGCUGUACGCCGCCGGUAUCGAGCUGGUGCCGCGCAUCAAGAAGAAGAAGCGCGGCAUCGACUACAACGCGGAGAUCCCGUUCGAGAAGCGGCCGGCGGUGGGCUUCUACGACGCGGCGGAGGACGAGUACGACCCGCUGGCGCCCAACUUCCGGCGGCUGCGCCAGCAGCACCUGGACGGCGAGCAGCGCAGCGAGAAGGAAGAGCGUGAGCGGCGUAAGGACAAAGAUAAGGUGAAGAAGCGGAAGGAGAACGACAUUCCGAGCGCGCUGCUGCAGAACCAGGAACCGGCCAAGAAGCGCUCCAAGCUGGUGCUGCCAUCACCACAGAUUUCGGACGUCGAGCUGGAGCAGGUGGUGAAGGUGGGCAAGGCGUCGGAGGCGGUGCGUGAGCUGACAGAGGAGGGCGAGGAGCGCGCCACCGACGCUUUACUAUCGGACUACUCGGCCACGCCGGCCACCGGCCAGUUACGCACGGCGCGCACGCCCAUGGCGCAGACCGACCGCGUGCUCCAGGAGGCGCAGAACAUCAUGGCGCUGACGCACACGGACACGCCGCUGAAGGGCGGCCUGAACGCGCCGCUCGUGGACUCCGACUUCGGCGGCAUCACGCCGGCCAAGCCCGACAUCGCCACGCCCAACACCAUGCUCACCACGCCGUACCGCACGCCGCGCGACAACCCGGCAGGCCAGACGCCGGGCGGGUUUAGCACGCCGGGCGCGUCGCGCGCUGGCCGCACGCCGCUGGCCACGCCGCUACGGGACAAGCUGGCCAUCAACGCCGAGGACGCGUUGGAGGCGGACGCCGGCGGCAAACAGCAGCAGCUGCAGAUCAAGGAGCAGCUGCGCUUCAGCCUGUCGUCGCUGCCGGCGCCGCGCAACGACUUCGAGAUCGUGGUGCCGGACGACGAGCCGGCGCCGGAGGAGGCGGCCGCCGGGCCGGCCGAGCUGGUGCCCGACCAGGCGGACGUGGAGGCGCGCCGCGACGAGGCCGAGCGGGAGCGGCGCGAGCGCGAGCUCCGCGCCCGCUCGCAGGCGCUGCAGCGCCACCUGCCGCGCCCCACAGAGGUCAACGCGUCCGUGCUGCGGCCGGCCAACGUCGAGCCGCCGCUCUCCGACCUGCAGAAGGCGGAGGAGCUGAUCAAGCGAGAGAUGAUCGUGAUGAAGCGGUACGACGGCCUGCACAACCCGCUGCCGUCCGCCCCGGCGGCCGUGCUUCAGCAGUACCAGACCUACCUGGAGACGCACCCCUACCAGCAGGUGCACGAACCCGACAUGGAACAGGCGCGCCAGGUGCUGCGCCGCGAGAUGGACGUGGUGAAGCAGGGCAUGGGACACGGCGACCUGACGAAGGAGGCCUACAGACAGGUCUGGGAGGAGUGCCUCUCCCAGGUUCUGUUCCUGCCCAGCCAGAGCCGCUACACGCGCGCUAACCUGGCCAGCAAAAAGGACCGCAUCGAGUCGCUGGAAAAGCGACUGGAGCUGAACCGAACACACAUGACGCGUGAAGCCAAGCGGGCCGCCAAGCUGGAGAAGAAGCUCAAGAUCCUGACUGGAGGGUACCAGUCACGCAGCACAGCGCUUGCCAAGCAGCUGCAGGACGCCACCGAGCAGCUGGAGCAGACGCGCCUCGAGCUGGUCACCUUCUCCGCCCUGAUGGAGCACGAACAGGCGGCCAUUCCGCGCCGAUUGCAGUCGCUGUCGGAGGAUGUGAGCAGACAGACGGAGCGCGAGCAGCAGCUGCAGCGGCGCUACCAGCUGCUCAAGCAGCAGCUGGAGGAGCUAGCGCAGGCUGACGGCUAGCGCGCGGCGGCCUUCCUGCUGACGUCAGACCUGUAACCGCCCCACGGUGGCGCCGGCCGCAACGCGGGGACCGCCUGGCCGCGCCCACUCGUCCGGAGCGGAGCGGUGGAGCGGCGCCCCGGCUGGCCCGAGUGCAGCGCCGGCGAUGUACAGUGGUGGGGACCGGAUUGAGAAGCAGCAGCAGGACGCGAGGGUCGUGAAAGGUGUAGGGCUCGGCUGCUGUCGCGGUGGGCCGAGGGUUAACUUCUGGUUUCCUAAUUCGCCGCAAGAUGUCGGACCGUUCGGUCUGACCCGUGUCGCUGGCUGGCUGAAAGGUGCGCCGCGGCGCGCCGGAAACCUCCGUGCUCCGAUUUUUGUUGUCUUUAGGCGUCGUUCGUAUGGCGUGUCAUUGAUGUUUUCUAUUAGGAAUUUAUCGUCGUAAAACAGAUCUACAGCACGCGAAUGAAACUGAGGGUGGAGUCCCGCAACACUUCUUGAUAGACUACAAUACAUCUGCAACGGAAAAUGUCUUUAGUUCAUUAGACCACAUGGGAGUCACCG